AUGGCGUCGCAAGACAAAACCGAAAAAGAACUUUCCUCUUUGACUGGUGAUACAUUCAUCAGUAUCGCGGAUAAGUUCACACCUUUGCCUCUUAAUAAGCCGAUGGCCCCUUCAAAAGCCUCAUUCACGGUUACCAUGAUCGAUACAGAAAAUGCAGUAUCGAGCUUGGUAGAUAACAUGAGCAACCUCCCGAACAAUCCUCCUUCGAUUUAUUUAGACCUAGAGGGUGAAAACCUAUCAAGGCACGGCACUCUUUCCAUUAUUCAAAUUUACAUUUCGACCACCAACGAAGCGUACCUAGUGGAUGUUCAUACAUUGGGCAACAAGGCGUUUGUUACUCCAGGAACAAAUGAUUCGGAUGCUCUCUACAGCCAUUUUGAUGUUUCCGUGGCGGGAAUUCAAGACAUACAGUUGAUGGAGGUUGCCCGGCGACCAUCGUUCAAGAAAUACUUAAGCGGCUUAUCCAAAUGCAUUGAAAAGGAUGGGAAACUCUCCACGGAGGAACAACAAACCUGGCUAGCUGUGAAAGACAAGGGCCGCGGGUUGUUUGCUCCUGAACUCGGGGGCAGCUAUAAAGUAUUCAACCAACGACCCCUGAGUAAGGACAUACAGUCCUACUGCGUCCAGGACGUGCAAUACUUGGCCCGUCUCUGGAAAAUAUAUGACGCUCAGUUAACAUCCUACUAG